AUGCAGUUCAAAAAUGCUAUGUUAGUUACCGCUGCCUCUUUGGCAUCUACCGUCUCCGCUGAUGGUAACCCAGCUCAAUCAUGGUCUACUUUGACCCCAUCUAACACUUACAAAUGCGGUGCUACUGAACACAGCUCUUCAUUUGGUAUCGCCGUUCAACCAAUUAACAGCAGUUCUAAGGCUAAGAGAGAUUUGAUCUCUCAAAUCGGUGACGGUCAAAUCCAAGCUACCACUGGUACUCAACCAGCUGGUGGUAACACUAAGGCUACCUCAGGCCCAGCUCCAGCUCCAUCCGCUACCGGUACUCAACCAGCUGGUGGUAACACCAAGGCUACCUCAGGUCCAGCCCCAGCUCCAUCUGCUACCGGUAACACUGGUGCAUCUAAGGCUACCCCGGCUCCAGGUGCUCCAGGUACUCCAGCCACUGCUGGUACUCCAGGUACUCCAGGCACCCCAGGCACUCCAUCCACCGCUGGUACUCCAGGCACCCCAGGCACCCCAGGCACUCCAGCCACCGCUGGUACUCCAGGCACACCAGGUACCCCAGGUACUCCAGCUACCUCUGCUCCAAGUAAGACCGAAGGUUCCGCCCCAGCUGGUUCCCCAGCUACCUCUGCUCCAGCUGCUUCUGCUCCAGGUAAGACUGAGGGUUCUGCUCCAGCAGGUUCCCCAGCUACUUCUGCUCCAGCUGCUUCUGCUCCAGGUAAGACUGAAGGUUCCGCCCCAGCUGGUUCCCCAGCUACCUCUGCCCCAGCUGCUUCUGCUCCAGGUAAGACUGAAGGUUCUGCUUCAGCCGGUUCUGCAGCUUCCUCCGCUGCAGUUGCUUCUGGUACUGCCCAAGGUGGUAAGACUGAAAGCAAGGCCCAAGGUGGUAAAACUACUACCGUCCCAGGUGGUGUUUCUCCAAAGACUAGCCAAGUCACCAAGACCGCUUACGCUAACACCACCGUUGUCCACAGCACUACUGUGACUCCAAGAACCACCGUGAGUAACGGUUCUACCAUUGCUACCCCUCAAACUGUCACCACUGCUGUGACUGCUCCAUGUAACAACGGCCAAUGUGCUCCAGGUGCUUCUGCUCAAGCUCCAGGCGCCCAAGGUGCUCAAGGUGGUAACGUUUCUGUCAUUCCAGGUACCACUGUUCCAGGUACUUGUAUCCCAGGUACCACUGUUCCAGGUAAGACCGUCACUGUAGGUGCUCCAGCCCCAAGUGCUCCAGGUGCUCCAGGUGCUCCAGGUGCCCCAGCCGGUUCUCCAGCUGCCUCCGCCCCAGCUCCAGGUGCUUCUGCUCCAGGUGCCUCUGCUCCAGGUGCUUCUGGUGCCCCAGCCGGUUCUCCAGCUGCCUCCGCCCCAGCUCCAGGUGCCUCUGCUCCAGGUGCUUCUGGUGCCCCAGCCGGUUCUCCAGCUGCCUCCGCCCCAGCUCCAGGUGCUUCUGCUCCAGGUGCCUCUGCUCCAGGUAGCAGUGAAGGUUCUACCGAAGCCGGUAAGCCAUCUACUGUCGUUGGUAUCUCUCAAAUCACUGAUGGUCAAAUUCAACAGCAAAAGGUCGCCGUUCAAUCUAAGAUCGGUUCUACUACUGUUUUGAACCCAUCUAGUUCCGAAGCUUCUGCUACUAGCUCCUCAAACCUAUCUUCAAGCACAUCUUGCCCAACUGGUUCUCCAAAUCUAUCUGGUCAAUCCUGUAAGAACGAUGGCUCUUUGUCCGUUACCUUGAAGGAAGGUAUUCUAACUGAUAACAAGGGUAGAAUUGGUUCUAUCGUUUCCAACCACCAAUUCCAAUUCGACGGUCCACCACCACAAGCCGGUGCCAUCUACGCUGGUGGCUGGUCUAUCACCCCAGAAGGUAACUUGGCUCUAGGUGACAACGACGUGUUCUACCAAUGUUUGUCAGGUAACUUCUACAACUUGUACGACGAGUCUAUCGGUGCUCAAUGUCAACCUAUCCACUUGGAAGCCGUUGACUUGGUUAACUGUUAA